AAAAAGGAAAAUCAAAAGAUAAUUUCUAUAUUGCGUCCAAAAUCCCAAUUUAUAUAAGUCGAUUUGAAGAAUCACGAGAGAGAGAGAGAGAGAGAGAGAGAGAUUGCAAAACCAGAAUUGCAGUAAUCAUAGGAUCGAUUUCGAGAAGUUGUUGUUUGCAAAAAAUCAGAAAGUAAAUCAUCUGGCUAAUGGCGAGGGAACAAUACAGACAAUGACGAACAAGAGAUCCCUAACAACUUGAAGAGGAAAUUGAAGCAGGGACCAGAUGCUGAUGAUAUUCCUGAGAGACUAAUGUGUAAAGACCAUCCAUUUCCGUCUUCAAUUGGACCAUAUGAAAAAGAAAGCAGUUGGAUAUAUGCUCAACUUACACCUCUACUUAAAGAAUCUGACCAUGAACGGAUCGACAGGGGUGACAUCGCAAACUUUUUGGUGUUACAUCAUGUGGAGAAACUAGAGAUACCCUUUAUAGCUAUGCACCGAAAGGAACAGUGCCGGAGCUUGUUUGAAAUCGACAUUGAUCCUGAGGCAGUAGUGUGGCAUAAGGUCUUGUGGAUGAUUCAGGACUUGGAUAGACAGUGGCUCCUUCUUCGGGAAAGGAAAGUUUUUUUUGCUUGCUUGCUACUAUUCUAAACGUUUCCAGCAACAACAAGAGGAGUCUCCCGCCAAUCAUCAGUUUCUCUUAGAGUCACAUCUUAAAGACGCAGAAACAGAGAUAGAAGUUGAUGAUGUGUCUGCAAUGUUUGAACAUUCCCAAGCUGUUCUCAACUCUGUGUCUGCAGCAACUGAGUUAAGUUUUGAGCCAUCCGUCUGAAAGUAUGUUCGUCGAAUCUUAUAUGCAGAAUGCACUAGUGUCAGUAAGCCCAACACCGCUUGGUCAUAUGGCUAUUGAUUCUUUCCAUCAGCUUUCUGUGGUCAGCCGUUGAGCAUGUUUCAGGGUACACAAUGGCUCCUCAUUCACAAGGCAGAAGAGGAUAACCUUCUUCAGGUAUCUAUUCAAGCUGCCAGAAAACUGCAUGAAUACGCUACUUAGCGAAUGCAGUAAGCACUUUCUAAGCGCUGGUGAGUGUGCUCAACUGAUACUGGAGGAAGCACUUGGUGAUUUUUAUUUUACCCUCAAUGGAGAAAGAAGCAAGACUUUUGCUAACUAGGAGGGCAAAGGUUCGGUUGCUCUCAGCUUUUGUGGAGCAAAGUGUCUGCAGGGCCUUACCCAAAGCACAAACCUAGGAGGGUUCUGGCAUGUUGCUGGGGACCUGGAGAUCCAUCAACCACAUUUGUGAUGCUGGACUCAUUUGGAGAGUUGCUUGAUGUGCUUCAUGCAGGAUCCAUUUCGCUGCCACCAAAAAAUGCUGACACCCAGCAAUGUAUUAAGAAGGAUCAGGGUCGUCUCCUAAAGUUUAUGAAAGCACACAAACCCACUUGCAAUGGUCGCAACUCUCUGCGGCCCAGGUAAGGAGAUUUUGGCUUGGAACCUUCAUUCUUUGCAGAACUUUCUUGACCGAGACGACAAGUGUAGGAUGGUUGAACAGGUAAUGGUUUACAUAACCAACCAGGAUUGGCGGACACAGUAUAGAGAGCCAAGUGUAUAUGAAGAGUUAUCUAUGAUUUCGGGUGAAACAAUCACUGAGGGGAGAAUUGUGCAGGCCACUGUUCAUAGAUAUGCUGGUGCAGUUUCACCUCCGGGAGGAGACUUUUCAGAUCCUGUGAGUUCUGCAACCCUUAGUAUUGCGCAGGACCUCAAGUCGCAGCUGCAAGAGUUAAUUCAUUCCGAAACAGCAGUGAAUCUCUUUUUAUUUUCUAGUUCCCUCUUUCCUCGUAGAGAUUUUCCCAGUUUCAGGACCAUCUGAAGAAAGUCAGAACAUGGGAAGGUCCAACUGGUAAACAUCACUUGAUAUGGUAGAAACACUGAUGAUUUU